AUAAACCAUUUAAAAUAAAUACACAGUAACCACAAAAAUUCUUGCUUCAAUUCCGCCGAGUAAGUAGUAACCACAUUUUUCUCGCUUUGCCGUCUUCUCCGGCGAUUUUCAGACACUAAUUUUCUCUCCGGUUGUUGCAAUCAUAUUUUCUGUCGGAAGAUAUUGAAAUCAGAAACCGGGAAAAAUGACUUCGUUUCUUAGUUUCUCCGCCAUUUCAGCUCAUCCACCUACUUUUUCCGGCGCUUCAUUUCGUCCUCGCUCUUUCUCUCCCCGAUUGUUCAAGUCUUGUGUUAAGUGCACUUAUGCUGAAGCUGGAUUAAGCAGCGCUUCAUGGUCAGCCCCUAUUGACAUUGUGGCAGAUGUCAAAUCCGAAAGGGUUGUAGUUCUUGGUGGGAAUGGUUUCGUUGGCUCAGCUAUCUGCAAAGCAGCAAUCUCCAAUGGUAUUGAGGUUGUGAGUGUUAGCAGGUCAGGUCGUCCUAACUUCGAAGAUUCAUGGUUGGAUCAGGUUACAUGGGUUACUGGUGAUGUUUUCUAUUUGAAUUGGGAUGAAGUACUUCUUGGUGCUACUGCUGUAGUUUCAACCAUUGGUGGUUUUGGAAAUGAAGAACAGAUGAAAAGAAUCAAUGGUGAAGCUAACGUUACCGCUGUGAAUGCUGCUAAGGAUUUUGGGGUCCCUAAGUUCGUCUUGAUCACGGUUCACGAUUACAAUCUUCCGCCAUUUAUUCUCUCCAACGGAUAUUUCACUGGAAAACGUAACGCGGAGGCAGAACUUCUUUCCAAGUAUCCCACCUCAGGAGUUGUGCUAAGACCCGGUUUCAUAUACGGGAAACGAAAAGUGAACGGAAUCGAGGUCCCGCUUGAUCUAGUCGGGGAGCCACUAGACAAGAUCUAUGAUUCAGCAGAGAGGUUCAUUAGACCAUUGAGGUCUCUCCCUGCAUCUGAUCUCAUCUUGGCUCCACCGGUUAACGUCGAUGAUUUAGCACUUGCUGUGAUCAACGCUGUUAAAGAUGACGACUUCUUUGGCAUUUUCACUAUUGAGCAGAUCAAAGAAGCAGCUGCAAAAAUGAGAGCGUGAAGAGUCUUUAGAUAGAUACCAAGGAGUGGUUAUUGGUUUGUAUAAUUGUAUGCGAAAAGUAUUAAUAAUUACAUGAAUAGCUCUCCCUUUGUCAAAUUGUAAUGUAUAUCAUUUGUAAACGUAUAUAUUAUUUACUUCUACGACGAGAGUAAUCGUAGGUAGGCCUGGGACUAAAAUCCGUUAUCCGCGGGUAUUCGAAUCCGGAUCCGUGAUCCGAUCCAGAAAACCGAAUAACCGGGUGCGACGGAUCCGGAUACGGGUAAAGCAUUUACGAAUCCGGCGGAUCCGGAUACGGAUCCGGAUUAUGAAAAAAAUCAGAGCCGAAUAUCCGCAUCCGUUCAAUAUGUCUACAUAUUUGUAUUAUGGGCUUAAAUUAU